UUCUGAUCCGAAACCGAACCAUGACCACAACCCAGCGGCACCCUACCCUACAAAAUUGGGGACACGAACCCGACCAACCAAUCCACAGUCCAAUAACUUUAAACGCGCAACUGGGGAACUUCAUCGCCAACCGCGCUCGGUCCCACCGUCACGGGAGAUCGGCUAUGGCCGCUUCCUCCGCCGGAGAUCCUCUUUCAUCCUUACGCCCUACACCUUUAGUAUUCUCUUCCGAUUCCCCGCCGAGACUCUCUCUCACUCCCGAUCAGAUUAAGUAUUGCUCUGAGGCUCUCCAAUUCUUCAGAGAGAAGCUACGCACUCCCGACCGAAUCACUGAAGAGUUCGCUCAUUUGCAGGGUACUAGGAUAACACCAUCUCAGAUGGCUAGAAGCUGCAAAGUGGCUUUUGAUAGCGUCAACAUAAGCAAGAACCGCUAUAUGGAUGUGGUACCUUUUGACCAAAAUAGGGUUAUUCUUAAUCCAUGCAAGGAUUAUAGACCAUCUGCCAAGGGAUAUAUAAAUGCAAGCUUCAUCACGACUUCUUCAUCUGAAAGCAUUACUCAGUUUAUAGCCACGCAGGGUCCACUGCCACACACCUUUGAGGAUUUUUGGGAGAUGGUAAUCCAGUAUAAUUGCCCUGUGAUUGUGAUGCUUACUCGUCUGGUUGACAAUUACAAGACUGAAAAAUGUGGAGACUAUUUUCAAGCAGAAGAUGGUCCUAGAGAUUUUGGAAAUAUAUGUGUAGUUACUAAAUGGAUGAAAACUACUAACACUUCAUUAGUGUUGCGCAACUUGGAGGUGGGCUACAAAGAGUCAGAGAAGCCACCCAUGUCCAUUUUGCAUGUUCAGUACCCUGAAUGGCCUGAUCAUGGAGUUCCCAAGGACACAGUUGCUGUGCGGGAAAUCUUCAAAAGAGUGUACCAAGUACCACCCAAUCUUGGCCCAGUAGUUGUCCACUGCAGUGCAGGUAUUGGUAGGACUGGAACGUACUGCGCUAUUCACAAUACAAUCCAGAGAAUCCUUGUUGGAGACAUGUCUGCUUUAGAUCUUGCUAAUACCAUAACCAUUUUUAGGUCCCAGCGAGUUGGGAUGGUUCAAACUAUGGAGCAAUAUUUUUUCUGCUAUAAAGCUAUCGUUGAUGAACUAGAAGACCUCAUCUCAGAAUGCAAUAGUUGAAGGACCUCAAAAAUGCAACCAGGUUAGUAAGCGGCAUGUGGUGUUGAAAAAUGAUGGAUUAAAUGCGACAGCUGCUUGCUCACUUCUUAUAAUCAGGGCUGGACAAAUGCAAAAUGAUGAUGAUUCAAUGUUUUUGUCGCACUCCUACAGCAGCUAGAUGCUUGGUUAAAUGACCAAUUCUGUAUUCUUGAAACCUCUGCUUUAGUCCCUGUUAAUAGGAUGAUGCAAAUCAUCUAUAAAUGAAUAGAAUUGUAGUCCCUGCAGGAUUACUUCCUCAUGUUUUCCAGAUUGGAUAUGCUAAAUCAAGCAGCCUUGGGCUUGUGAGGCUAAUGCUCCAGGUUGAUUUUUCCCAUAAAAUGUCAACUGUUGAAUUGCCCAGUUCUCAAUUCUAUUAUUUGUGAGAUUGUUAAUGUUGGGAUCAGAAAGUCUCAGUAAGAUUGCUUGAGGUUUGAUCUAAUAUAUAUUUUUGUAAUUCCAA